AUGAGGCGACGAACCAAAUCAGCCGCCCACGCCGCGCUGCACGUCCUUUUCGGCUCGCGGCUGAAUCUGCUCCUGCCGUGCGGCCCUGCGGCGCUUUUGGCAGCGCGCCUCGGCAUCGGCGACGAGAUCUCUUUCCUACUCGCGCUUGCAGCGCUCUGCCCGCUCGCCGAGCGCAUUGGCUACGCCACGGAGCAGGCGGCGCUCCACACUUCGAGCCAGGCUGGCGCGCUGCUCAACGCCACCUUUGGCAACGCGACUGAGCUCAUCGUGUCGCUCUGCGCCAUCCGCGAGGGGCUGCUGCGGGUGGUGCAGCUCUCGCUACUGGGCUCGGUCCUCUCGAACCUGCUGCUCGUGCUCGGCUGCGCCUUCUUCUUUGGGGGCGUGCGGCACGCCACGCAGCGAUACGACCAAAAGAGCGCAGAGGCGCACGCCGCAGUCCUGGUCCUGGGCGCCGUGACUAUGGUUGUUCCGGACGUCCUCGGCGAGGGCGAGACAAAGUCGUCGCGGCACGAGGACACGGAGAGCGACGUGCUCUCGCUCUCGCGGUGGGGGGCCGCGGCGGGUGCGAAGGUUCCACUCGCAUUCGUCUCCACCAUCUUGCUGCCCAUCGUCGGAAACGCCGCCGAGCACGCGUCCGCGGCCUUAGACGCGGUCGCCCUCGCCGCCAGGAACAAGCCCGACCUCGCCAUCGGAGUCGCGGUCGGGUCGGCGACGCAGAUCACGCUGCUGGGCUUCCCGGCGUCGGUGCUCGCGGCGUGGGCAUAUGGCGAGCCUCUCUCGCUCGACAUGCUUCCCUUCGAGACGGCCUGCCUCGUGCUCACCAUCCUCGGCGUGGCGACGGUGCUGCCCUCUGGCCGCUCCAACUGGCUCAAGGGGCUUACUCUCAUCAGCCUGUACGUGGUCAUCGCUCUCGCAUUCCUUUUCCAUGACUCGUCGGAGACGCGCGCGCCGGCGGCCGCGAAGCACAAGCGGCUGGGCUGA